GCGCGUCACGCGUCGAUAGAGUAACGAUACGUUCUCGUGGACAAGCUACUACGAAGAUAGAUCGUUAGUGUGACUCAUACGUGUUUAUUCUUCUUCUUAUUAUUUUGAUUCUUAUUCUUCUUUCUUUCUUUCUUUCUCAAUAUCAAAGAGAAUCCCUGUCUUCUUUUUCUUCGAUCUUUCUUCAAGCAAACGGUGCCUCGUCGCCGCUCGCGUCGUUUUACGCGUACGCGUACGCGUGCGCGCGGCCGCGCGCGUAACUUUCGCAUCGACGGAACGAAAAAUACAAACGACGAGAGGAUGGCCGCGAAAACUAGUAACGAUCUUGUUGACUAUCUCGGAGAAUAUAGGAGAUACUUCGAGGAGUUCGUUAGAAAAAUUAAUCCGGAGGAUCAAUUGCCUAUGAAGGUUAAUGCUUACAGUAUCACCGAAACAGAACUCGUGGGUGAGAUCAUCUAUUUGACGCUACAAUACAUCAAACAACCACGUUGUCCACGUAAUUUACAAGGAUAUCUCGUUCGUCUUGUAUUGCAAGAAAUAAAGGAAUUAUGCGAGAAACAACCGGAAGAAUGUGGAUUCAAAUUAGAAACAAAAACAUACGCUCCGCUCAAACUUAUGCAAGCAGUUACAACCAAAGUAAAUGAAAUAUUUACUCGCUAUUUAGACAAUAGUAGAUUAGCAAUGUUACCUCCACCUUCUUCGAAAUUGCCACCUUUGGCAAGAAGUGCCGCACUGAAGAAUGGCAAAAGAAAAAUGGAGGAUAGACACGUAGAGAUUUAUGACCUACAUACCAUUUGUAAUGUACAGAAUGACUCCUUAGCAAGUUACUUCGCAGUAUUUGAUGGACACGGAGGAGAAGAUGCAGCUGUCUAUUGUGCUACGCACCUACAUCAGUAUUUAGCAGAGAGUAUAUAUUAUCCUACAGAUCCAGAGCGUGCCUUAUGUGACGCUUUUCAUACUACUGAUACAAGAUUUAUUGAAAAAGAGAGAACGCAAAAAGUAAUUGGAGGUACAACUGCAGUCUGUGUAUUAUUGUUGGAUAAAAAAUUAUAUAUUGCUUGGGUAGGAGAUUCUUUGGCUAUGCUAGUGAAACGUGGCAAAGUGGAAGAAUUAGUAUACCCUCAUAGAUUAUCUCGAUAUGAUGAAUCCGAGAGGAUACAACAAAUGGGUGGGAUGCUGGCAUUUAAUCAGGGGACAGUGCGAGUUAAUGGAGUUCUAGCCGUGUCUCGUGCUAUUGGAGACGUACAGUACAAACCCUAUGUAACGAGUACUCCGGAUACACGUUGCAUUUCUUUAGAUGGUACCGAGGAUUUUGUUAUAAUUGCUACCGAUGGAGUUUGGGACUUCAUCAACACGUACGACGCUGCUAUGAUCAUUUACGUCGCGAUACGAGAAUAUCCUGACGAUCCAAAUUACGCCGUAACGAGCUUGAUAAAAGCGGCCAAACACGCGGGCUCUUUGGACAACAUUACAGCUAUCGUGGUCUUCUUAACGGCACCAAGUGAUAUCGUAGCGAGGUCGAGCGACGCCAAUUCUGUUCUCGUCGUGAAAUCGAUGAAAAACAUGGCCGUGAACAAUCCAUACGUACAGAAGGAUCUCAGCGAUGGCUUGUUCUUCAAGCAGAUGAAGCAAUACCAACAGCAACAUCAGCAGCCUUAUGACAACGAUCAAGAAGAGAGGCACGCUAAUGGAUCGGAAGAAACGGCAAUGGACGACGGUGGUUUUCACGAUGAGAUAACAGGCGGUGGUGCUGAUGGAAAACACGAAGAGAACGAUGCCGCAGAUUAUAUUUACGAGGAUCUUGGACCAGAGACAGACGUCGAUGCCGUCGAUGACGUCGACAACGCGGACAACCUGGACAAUUUGGAGAAUGAAAAUCCAUUACUCGACAAUGUUCCUUCUAUUGCUGCCAAUCUCUCGGAUGGAAUAUUUCUAGAGGGAAAAAAUAUGCCUAAGUGUGAUGAGAACAAUUUCCAGGAGGAGAAUACAGCCCUAAAUGUAACCCUUGAAACAACCCUCGACGACGACGACUCGCCGGCCAACAACGACAUAAAAGCUCUUCAGCAUGCACUGUUACCCGAGGCGGAUAACGUAGCGGAUAGCGAGGAUUCCGAGGACGAGUGGAAUUACUAUCGUGUUGGGCCAAACAAAGAGAAAGAUACAGCUGCAUCUUCCGAAGAGCUCAACGAAAUAAAGAACGACAACGAAAAUAAGAACGUUGAACAUCUUGACGAGGAUAACAACGUGGAGGAACCAUCUCGGUCUCCAACGUCCGAACAUAAUAGUAGCAGCGAAUGUGAGAGUCAAAAGGGGGAGGAAAUAUUACCUGAGCUUAUUAACACUGAUAUUAGCGUCGAAGAGAAUAAAGAAUUUGACUCUACGUUUGUAAAACUAGAAAAGGAAGAGGAAGAAGAGGAAAAAGAAGUUGAAAAGGAAGAAACCGAAGAGAAAGAAGAGAAAGAGUACGGUUUUGUAGAAGAGGAGGAAGAGGAAGAGGAAGAGGAAGAAGAGGAAGAGGAAGAAGAAAAAGAAAAAGAAGAGAAAGAACACGAAGAAAAGGAAAAAAAAGAGGAUAGAGGAGGAGAGGACGAAGAGGAAGUGGAUAAGCAAGAACAAGAGGAAGAUAUGGAUUUUCAAUUGAAUCCUAACGCGGCCGAAUUUAUUCCAAUCUCGCCGCCUAAACGUCAAAUUAAGCUCAAUACCAUAAACGAUAGUCUCGUUGCAGGUUCUCCUUUGAAAACUAUAGCGAUGGACGAUAUUAAAGUGCCGAGUCAAAAAGAAUUUGACGAGGAAAUAUCUGCCAGGCCUCAUGAGAUCGAAGAGGAAGAUUCAUCUCCUAAUGGCGAUCAUACAACGCAUUCCGAUUAUGAUUUUUAUACGGAACAACAAAAAAUAAUUAAUCCAUUAUCCACCGCCGCAGUUGCUGCUGGUUUAGAUGAAUCUGAAAUUUCUUCGACCAAAGCCGAAUACGGGGAUGAAACGAUGAGCUUUCUAUGUACAACGACUACUGAUUUACAUAAAACUGAAAUUUCCACGAUGGAAGAGUCCUUUGGGGAUUCCGACUGUGACAUUUAUAACAGAGAUAAUCCAAUGACGAUGUCCUAUGCUCCGUGUGAUUUCAAAGCGGCCUUUAAUAAGGAAGUAGAUUUAAAUGCUGUUCAUGAUUUAAGCGAUGGGGAUUUAGAGGAUGAAAAUUAUUCCUCUGAAGGACGAAUUCCCCAGUCACCGAAGGCAAUAUCAUCAACGGAUGUAGAAGAACGUCGUACGGAAUUUGAUACGUUGUCUAAUGGUGACUCAUCUAAUCAAGUUCAAAUAUCAUCGUUAUUAUCAAAGGAUGAUAAUACUUUCUUAAAGUUCGAAGAUUCGGACGAACCAAAAACUGCGGAAUUUAUUCAAGUUGAAUUGGAACGUCAUCAAUCAUCUCCAAUCAAUUCAUUAUCCGAGCAAGAUUUUUCGAAGGAAGACGAUGAAAAAAGAUCAUCUUCUUCUUUGUUGUUAGAUAAUAAGGACGAGAUGAUACAUGUUAACCGAGAUAAUGAGGAAGAGAAAGAAGAAAAAGAUAAAGAAAAUGAACGUGUGGAAACACCGAAAGAAGCGGAAUAUAUCGACGAUGAAAAAGAUGUCGCAAUGGACAACGAUAUUGUCACGAGUAGCGACAACGAUUUUCUCGUAAACAAACCGGUCGAAAUUGCAACGGAUCUAAUUCAAUCCGAAAUAUUACAAAAUACGAUAUCCCAGGAAGAGCAGCAUAAUUUUUUGUCGUCUACGAUCGACGAAUCAUCAAAAUCAGUUUCUCCGUUUAUGCCAUCGAUCGAAACAGAACUCGUAGAUACAUCUCCGGAUCUAUUGAAAAACAAUUUAAUCGCUUCCACGGAAAAUCUUACGUUAGUUAAUAAAGAGGAAGAUCGUCCCAUUAUGGUUUCUAAUUUAUGUUCAGACGUUUCAGAAUUUCAAAUGAGUAAGAGUUCCUUCGAUCCGUUUGCUUCUGGAGAACCAGCAUUGUCUGAUAUAUCUUCGAAACCAAUACUUUUAGACAAUUCAAUGGACCUAAUUGCACAGCCUGUUCCAACAGAACAUCACUCAGAAUCCUCUUAUCUACCGACUCUUAUCUCUUCGGAGCCAAUCUUCAACGAUCGACCUAUCGAGAAUUUGUUAGACCUUAAAGAAACUACCACUGAAGUGCCUACGACAGAUCACAUCGAAGAAAGCAAUGCCGCAGAAUAUCCUCAGUCUUCUUCUACUUUCGAAGAUAUUAUUACAGAAAAACCGUCACGACUUAUGGAAGAAUCUGUAUGUCUUUUUGAUACAAACAAGCAUAUUGAUUUAAGUCAAGAUAUUCAUCUGAAAUUGGAAGAUUCCUCAGAGACAAAGUCUAUUGACAAAAUUGAAAUCGACGUUAAUGAAUUUGAAAAAGUCAACGAAACGGUCGCAUUAAAUUUGUCAGAAUCUAUACAAGAAUUUACAGGUUUGGAAAAACAAUUAGAACCUGAUAAUAUUACACCCGAGGAAUCUCCAAUAACCGAAACGGCUCCAAUCAUCGAAGAUAAAAUCACGUCAGAAGAUAUUGUCGAACAUAAGGAGUCUUCUGUACAAGAAACUAUCGAAGAAAAAUUACUUUUAGAUACGAAAGAAAAAGAGGUAGAAGAAGAGGAGGAAGCAUUAGAAGCUAAGGAAGACGCAGAAAUUGUACAGGUUGCGGAAACAACACAGCCAGUUGCUACUACAGAAUUAACAGAAUUUUCAAAGUCUACAGAACUCGUGACAUCCGUAGAAAAUAUCGAAAUUGAAAAAGCUUCGGACGCUUUCGAACUAGUAACACCUGUAGAAACUACAGAAAUAUCAACGCCUACAGAUACUGAAAAAACUGUCGUUUCUAUGGACAUCGUAGAAAGCGAGGUACCCGAGAAAAUUGUAGAAAUCACGAAGCCUAUAGAUACUACUACCGUGGGAAUUAUAGAUACUGCAGAAGUUGCAGAGACUGCAGAAGUUGCAGGUACUACAGAAAUCGCAGGUACUACAGAAAUCGCAGGUACUACAGAAAUUACAGGUACUACAGAAAUCGCAGAUACUACAGAAAUCGCAGGUACUGCAGAAAUUGCAGGUACUGCAGAAAUCACUGAGACUGCAGAAAUCACUGAAACUGCAGAAAUCAAAAAGACUGCAGAAAUCACAGAGACUGCAGAAAUCGCAGGUACUGCAGAAAUCACAGAGACUGCAGAAAUCGCAGGUACUGCAGAAAUUUCAAGUAUUGCAGGUAUCGCAGAAAUUGCAAGAAUCGCAGAGACUGCAGGAAUCGUAGAGACUGCAAGAAUCGCAGAUACUGCAGGAAUCCCAGAGACUGCAGGAAUCAUAGAGACUGCAGGAAUCGCAGAGUCUGCAGGAAUCGUAGAGACUGCAGGAAUCAUAGAGACUACAGGAAUCGCAGAGACUACAGGAAUCGCAGAGACUGCAGGAAUCGUAGAAACUACAGGAAUCGCAGAGACCACAGGAAUCGCAAAGACCACAGGAAUCGCAGAGACCACAGGAAUCGCAGAGACUAUAGGAAUCAUAGAGACUCCAGGAAUCGCAGAGACUGCAGAAAUCGCAGAGACUGCGGAUACUGCCAAAACUAUAGACAUUUCUGAGACUGUAUCGGUAACACAGGAAGUAGAAAUACAAAAGAUUACCGAACCUGUGAAAGUGGAAGAACCACAAAAGACCGAAGAAGAAGCAGUUGUCGAACCACCAGCAGUCGAGGUAACCGCGACAGAAGCUAUCGUGGCUGCAGCUGCAGUUACUACAGCAGCAGGAUUAAUCACGACAGUAGCAGCUACGAGCACGAGUAAUAAAGCCAAAGCAAAGCCUACGACAAAAUCAAUGAAGCCUGGUAGCAGUGCAAGUACUACUAAGACUGCAGCACCAAAGUCUACUCCAACUUCACCAUCGAAGACUGUCUCCUCGACAACAAGAUCAACGACUUCAGCGACAACAACGAAAAAGCCGGCCGGAACUGCGGCAGCUCGUCCUAAACAUCUCGAUACAGCUGGCACCAAGUCUCAAACUACUACUAAUGCAGCAAAAUUAAAUGCGACAAGAACUGUAUCGACUAGCAAAACAUUAACAACAGCAACGUCAACGACAAAAUCCGCUCCUGCGCGUCCAAGCAGUUCCCUUACGAAAUCAAAACCUGCACCAGCUUCAGCGAGAAGUAAUACUAGCUCGGUAGAAAAGAAAUCUGUUCUAAAUGGCGACGUUAAAUCUCUUAGUAAGACAACAGUCACGAAAGCUGCUACCAAAUCGACUAUUACGUCUACGUCUACCGCGGCCAAAGUUAGUAGCACAAGUAAAACUACGACGGGUUCGCGAACAUCGUUUAGUACGACGACGUCGACGACGACGACGACAACGGUACCAACGACUGGCAAGUCAAGACCGACUUCCGCUAUAACAGCAGCUAAAUCACCGGCCAAAUCAGCUGGUACAAAUGCGGCUAGUGGUUCAUUAAAUGCAACGAAAUCAUCUAAAGCAACUUCGACUAGUAAUAAUACGGCGAAGGCACGUACUUCUCUUGCAAAAUCACCAAUGAUCGACAAACAAAUCAAGGAGACUGCCAAUAAGCAAAUCUCUAUGGCACGUACCACGAGUUCUCCUAUAUCUAAAACCACAACGCGUUCUUCUAUGUCCGCUACUACUAUCCUUAAUACUAGUUCGACCACAAAACGUUUGUCGAGCCAAAAAUUAACUAGCACGACGACAACAGCAGCACAUUCACCAGUGAAGAAGAUUACAUCGAAAGUUGCGUCUGGACACUCGUCGGGUGCUACUACUAAAUCUUCGUCGACGACUAAAGUGAAAGUAAUGCAAAAUGGAACGGCGGAUAACGUUGAAAUCACUAAAACAACAAUAAUAACAACAAAUAGUAAAAAUGAGGAUGACGUACCUGAAAAGGAUUUGUCGCCUGUAGUCGCACACACCGAUAACCAGUUGAUUUCGAGUGCCGAUUGAAUGACUCGACGAUAAAAGAGCAUAUCUUGUAUCGAUCCGCUGAUUAUUAUAAUACGAGCCCGAAACCCUUUUAAAAUUAUGCGGAUCGUGAUCGUUACAUACUAUAAUAAUACUUUUUUUUCUUUUUUUUUUUUUUACAUAUUUUUUUUUUUUUUUUUUUUUUUUUUUUUUUUAUGUUUUAUUCUCACGAGAAGGAUUUAAACGAGAUCCACAUCGUCCUCUGGUAGCGUUUUAGGGAACAUUUAUCGAAGGGAGAAGUUUUUACUCUACUUACAUAAAUAUUAAUCUAAUAUAUAUAUAUAUGCGCACAUACACACAUAUAUAUAUAUAUUAUAUAUAUAUAUAUACGUAAAAUGAACACACGCAUACACAUAUACAAACACAUAUACAUACAUUUACACGUAAUGAGAAAGAAGAAAAAACACAAAACAAAAAAUAGCCCACACUUGGAUCUGUUUUAAUCUUGUGACAAAGAAACGACAUGCAACAAACAAAAUUUUCUUGCAUAAUCUUAGCUUUCGACUGUUUCGGUUGUGUGCCGCAGCAAAAAAGGAUUAUAUAUCCAAUUUAGAUAUUUAAAUCGGUGAGGAAGAAGAAAAACGAAAAGAAAAAAAAUAAAUAAAUAAAUAGAAAAAGAUACAAAAAAAGAAAACAAAAAUAAAAGGAAAGAAUGAAAAGGACGAGAGAAAAAGAGACAGACAGACAGAUAGAGAUAGAGAAAGAGAGAGAGAGAGAGAGAGAGAGAGAGAGAGAGAGAAAGCAAAGCGGGAAAGAUGUGCGAGCGUGAUAUGUGUGAAUGUACGAAUGAAAGAUAGAAUGAAAGAAAGAAAGAAAGAAAGAAAGAAAAAGAGAAAGAGAGAGAAAGAAAGAUUCUGAAUAAUUUUGUUGUGUAAAUAAUCGGAUGUGUUUCUCGAAGUGAUUUAUCGUAAUUAUCCCGUGGUCUAAGAUUGCGAAAAGUCAUCUGGUGCUCGUAAAUGGCCCCGUAGUUCACAGCAGACUCUAUGUCCUACGAAGAAUAUAUAGCCAAGAGAAAAAAAAAAAAAAAGAAAAAAAAAAGAAAAAACACAUUGUCGUAUAUUAAUAAUGGCAAAAAAAUAGAAGAAGAAGAAGGAGGAGGAGGUGGAGGAGGAAGAGGAGGAGGAGGAGGAGAAGAAGAAGGAGAAGCUUACGCAUCGCACUUUCAUACGCUAAUAAAAUCGACGAUAUCGAAUAAGUCGCCGGCAUAUUAUUGCUCUUAACGUAUAUAACGAGACCGGACGGUUUUUUUAUAUUUUUUAAUUUUAUAUGUGCAUUAUAUAAUUGAUAAAGAUUAGUCGUCGUAUUUUAUGAAAAAGAAACGCAUAUAUUUAUUUUUGUUUGUUCCUAUUUCUGAAGAGAGAAGAGUUGAGAGUACAUUAAGAAGGAGAGAAAUAAUAAUAUUAUUAUAUAGCUUUGUCAUCGUAUUACAUUACACAUGAACACACACAUAUAUACAAACACACGUACUAUUCAUCUGUGUACAGCACCUUUAUGAUUUAUUGUGAUACCAUAUAUAUUAUUAAAUAAAUCCAAACAGUACGAAGUCACA